CACUCGCGACAGAACUAAUCUCGUGCUCGUCGGUUUGUUUGUUUGUUUGUUUGUCUGUGUAUAGUUUUAUGAAUCCUAGCUAAUUCUCCAAUCUACAACCGGGAACUAUGGCAAGUGAGACAGCAAUCAGAAAUUUUGCGCUGCUGUUGAUUGUUUUUUCUAGCCGGUAUCUGCUGUCGUCUGUUUGCCUCGCCUCCAGCGCAUCGGAGCGGGAGACGACGGCUCGCACCGUAAGUCACUUCAAAGUCGACGCUGCUGCUGAUAACAUGUCACUGGAAGAUUUCGAUCAGUAUCUCGGAAGUUACGUCGGUGACGACCGAAAGAUAGCACUAAUUCUCGAUUACGAUGGAACACUGGCGGAAAUAACGGCCCAUCCGAACCUGACUGCCAUGGCGCCGGAAAUGAGAGAAUCACUGCGUAACAUUGCCAACAGUGGGAAUGUGUUUGUAGCGGUUAUUUCGGGACGAGAUGUUGAUGGCGUGAAAGCAAAAAUAGGCAUCGAUAACAUCAUUUACUCGGGCAAUCACGGUUUGGAGGUGCUUUAUCCCAACGGCACGAGACACAAUCAAGGCAUCCCGAAAGAGGUGGCUGAUAACUUCGUCAAGAUGGUCGAUCAGCUGACAAAGGAGCUCGCACACAACGGAGCCUGGGUAGAGAACAAGAAGGUAUCGCUCACCUUCCACUACCGUCAGGUGGAUCCAAAAUUAGUUCCACAACUGGAAGCUGAUGCGAAACGAAUAAUUGAAUCGUACGGGUACCGGGCAAACAUGGCCCACGCUGCCGUGGAAGGGAAGCCACCGAUCACGUGGAAUAAGGGCUUAGCUGCCGAGUAUAUUCUCGCUUCGAGUUUCGACAAAAACUGGAAAAGCCGAAAAGUCGUCUUCGCUGGGGACGACACCACCGACGAGGAUGUGAUGAAGGCCAUUAAAGGCUGCGGUCGUUCCUUCCGCGUUACCACGAAGGCAAACGUCGAAACCAACGCGGACUACGUCAUUCCGUCGGUUCGGUCGGUUUAUCAUAUGCUCAAAUGGAUCGAGAAGAAAGUAACAGCGUGAUCAAAUGUGGUAAUUGACGAGUUCAAUUUCUAAACAAGCUUAAUUGAAAAAUAUGCUGUCGAACAGUGCUAUUUUUGUUUAUGAAUUUACGUCGCCAAAAUUGUUAAAAUCUUUAAAUAAACUAUGAAAGUGUUAGUGAAAAUAGAAAGGUGCCUGAAUGUGUUCUCGCCUCCCGUGUAUCCGCCUUAUUU